AUGUCGACGCCAGCUUCCGCCCCAAAGGACGCCCCCGCCUUCCCCGACGGCACGAAGGACUACGUUCCACUCCGAGGCGACACCAAAGCCAAGGUCAAACUCCACCAAAAUAAAGUCCACAUCUCCGAUCUCCCCGUGACAUGGUCCAACUGGUACCAGCACAUUAACUGGCUCAACUCUACCCUGGUCGUUUUUAUUCCAUUGAUUGGAUUUGUCGCUGCGUACUGGGUUCCUCUGCGCCUCUACACUGGUCUCUGGGCCUUUGUGUACUACUUCAACAGCGGUCUCGCAAUUACUGCUGGGUACCACCGCCUCUGGUCCCACUCUGCCUACAAGGGCUCUACCCCUCUCAAAAUCUAUCUCGCCGCUUGUGGCGCUGGUGCCGUCGAAGGCUCGAUUCGCUGGUGGUCAUACGGUCACCGCGUGCAUCACCGCUAUACUGAUACAGACAAGGAUCCCUAUUCCGUCCGCAAGGGUCUUUUCUACUCCCACAUUGGAUGGAUCGUCUUCAAGCAGAACCCCAAGGCCCAAGGCCGAACCGAUAUUACCGACCUGAAUGAGGAUCCUAUCGUCGUCUGGCAACACAAGAACUACAUCAAGUCCGUUUUGGUUAUGGCCUUUGCGUUUCCUUGCGUUGUUGCUGGCCUUGGCUGGGGCGAUUGGUGGGGUGGAUUCGUCUACGCUGGCAUCCUUCGAGUCUGCUUCAUUCAACAGGCUACCUUCUGCAUCAACUCCCUCGCUCACUGGCUCGGAGACCAGCCCUUCGACGACCGAAACUCUCCUCGUGACCACUACAUCACUGCCUUUGUCACCCUUGGCGAAGGAUAUCACAACUUCCAUCACGAAUUCCCCUCCGACUACCGCAACGCUAUUGAGUGGUAUCAGUAUGACCCCACAAAGUGGUUUAUCUGGGUAUGGAAGCAAGUUGGUCUUGCCUACGAUCUGAAGCAAUUCCGCGCCAAUGAAAUCGAGAAGGGUCGCGUUCAACAGAUGCAAAAGAAACUUGACCAGAAGCGCGCCACCCUAGAUUGGGGUAUUCCAUUAGAGCAGUUGCCCGUUAUUUCCUGGGAGGACUUCGUUGCCGAUUCACAGAACGGCAAGGCCCUCGUUACUAUUGCUGGUGUCAUCCACGAUAUCGGUGACUUCAUCAAGGACCACCCCGGUGGUAGGGCCCUGAUCAACUCGGCCAUCGGCAAGGAUGCCACUGCUAUUUUCAACGGCGGCGUAUACAACCAUUCCAACGCCGCCCACAACCUGCUCUCGACUAUGCGUGUGGGCAUCCUCCGCGGCGGGUGCGAAGUCGAAGUUUGGAAGCGUGCCCAGUUUGAGAAUAAGGGUGUUACCUACAUGAACGACUCAGUUGGUCAUCGAAUUGACCGGGCAGGCACCCAAGUCACCAAGAUCGUUCAACCUGUGGCUAGCGCCGACGCCGCCUAA